UGUAGAGCGAUAGAAAAAUAAGAGGGGAGUUUAAGAUUUAUCUGGUGACCGCGGAUAGUCGCCCUAUCGUAUUCGCCACACAGUAUCCGCCUGCUCAGGAUAUUGGACGGCGUGUGAUCGUGCUGCACGGAACAGAUUACUGCGCGGGAUCGUCAUUAGUGCUUAUCAACGCGUUUAGUGCAUUGCUGUUAACGUUACGCGCAACCGUUAAUUUUCGUUUUCCGCCGUGAUUCAAAAUGUAGCACCAUGAAGUGGCAGCAGUGCGUCAUUGAUUUCGCUAUCGUCCUGAUAACGAUCCCUUCGCUUGUCGUCGUGGCACUGCUACUGGAAUACAUGAUGAACCAUACGGGCUGGUCGGAGCAGCUGGAAACGCAGAUCAUUAUGGUCACCCUAGCGGUGGCCUUCUUCUUGAUCUGCAUCAUGAUCUCAGUCUACCUGACGCACCGGGUCGGCAACUGUCUCUGGGCGGGACCCCAAAGUGAUCAGCAAUCGAUAUACUCGAUCGAACGGGGCCACGCCGGAGACUAUCCGCACAACGCAACACCACCGCCGACCUACGAAACGAUUAUGGGUGAUCACGAACCACCGUCCUACGAGAAGAUUAGCAAGAUCUUCCCUCCACAAGAACCACCACCAUCGUACGCCGCCACAAUCGCGCUCGAUCGCGACAGUACGGUGCACAUUUGAUCUACGUGCCAUAACCAAUACCAGACACCCGGUUUGCUUCUGGUCCGCUUGCUGUAC